AUGCUCGCUCGUCGAUUAAUAUCUAGCUUGACGCGAAAACCAAUUAUGGCGCAAUUUUCAACGUCGACCAACGCAUUGAAUACGGCAGAAACAUCUGCAAAUGCUGAAGUUAUUGACACGGAAAAGGUUCAGCAAGAAGUUUACAAAUCGAUUGGUAAUGAAUUGGCUGACGAAAGAAAUAAAUUGUUUGCUGUUGUUUACAUAAAUGGUAGACAAUGGAAGAUAAGCAAUGGCGAUCUCAUUAGUUUGGAGGGGAACCUUCCAUUGUGCGUCGGCGACGAGAUUAAACUUGAAAAGAUUCUCAUGAUUGGUGGACGCAACUUUUCGAUCUUCGGACGCCCACUUCUUCACAAUCAUCAGGCGCAGGUCGACGCGGUUGUGGUUGAGAAGAAGCUGAAAUCGCCGGAAUUGAAAUACACCCAUAUCAAUCAUCGGCAAACCAAAAUUGUGAAAUGGAUUAGCGAUGAAACAACUAUUCUGCGAAUCAAAAAUGUGUCAGCAAGCGGAAUAUAA